UGCAGGUGUUGGGACUGUACUCUGAAGUUAACUCUGAAAACUUCAGGGUGUUUUGUGCUGUUUUCAUGGCUCUCCUUACCAAUGUCGCUAUCCUGCUGGUCUUGGCUUGUAUUUCCCAUCAGCUGAUGUUGAGCAGCUGCCAGAAGAGCCAUGGACGGCGGGGAAGAGGGGUGGACAGAGGACAACACAAGGACAGGCCAGGGCCGAGGGUGGGCCGUCAAUCCAAAUCCAUCCCUGCUGCACAGCCCAUUAAGGGUAAAAUGGUCACCAAAGACAAGUCAGAAUGCACCUGGGCAGUAACAGGUGAGGACCUCUUCUUCCUCGGUGUCACCUGCAAGAAGGGGGACAGGAGCUUCAGUUGUGAAUACAUCGCCAGACCGACUGUCUGUCCCCAGUACGCUUCCAAUGUCAACCUUUACUGGAAGCAAAUCGCUAGGGCCAUGAGGAAGCAAAAGAGUUUGUGCCAGGACGGCAAUGCGUUUGUCAGGGCGGGUGUGUGCAGAAAAGCUCCCAGAGAUGCUCAUUUCAGACUCCAUAAUGCUCAGAAGAAGACUGGCCCACCUUCCUCCCCACAACUAGCACCCAGAGCUGUCAAAUCCUGUAAACCUGUGAACAGGAAACUGGCUGAAGAACAGUGCAAUGAGGCCUGGUCGAGUUUUUGCACAUUCUUUUUUACAAUGGUGCAGGAUUAUGAUUGCUGAGACAGAAAAAAAUCAGCUGUCUAUCCAGUCACAUCAGUACUUAUUAUUCUUUAUAAAUGUAUUUCUCCACAUUGUUAACAGUGAAUCUACCCUUACAAUAAACAUUUUUAUCUAUUCUUUUAUGUUACUUCUAUUAUUUGUCAAUUUUGGGCAGAUUUACUGGGGUGGAAAAAAAUACACUGAUUGUUUGAUUAUAAAGGAGAUAUAGGGAAUAAAGUGAUACAUAGUGUACACAUGGCAUGAUUUUUCUGAACAAAAAAUACCUUUAAAAACCGCCAGCACUUGUGAGGUUGUGAGAGCUAGACAACAGUUCCUCGUGUAAUUGAAUUUCAAGGCAUUUGUUUUCCAUCACACUCAUUUCCUUCAUUGUCCUUUAUGUCAAAGUCCUUUUCUGUGUUUUCUGUGUGUUCACAGUCCCACUGAAGGUAUGUGAUUGGAGCUUAGGAGUUAGAACAUGUUGGGUAUUGACUCAGUAAUUUGACUUGAGGGAGUGUGAUUUUUAGAAAGCCUUAGCCUGCAUACUUUGGCACCGACAAGUCUCUGAAUCCACACGUGCUCAACUUGUAAAAUCAAAGUCAAAGGGGAGCAGGUUUUGUUCAGAGUAUCAAAUCAAAUAAACAACACAAGAUAUUUGGCAGAUUAAAGUGAAGAUUCAUCAUCUUUGGCAUUUAUAAUAGGAUCAUGAGACUUUUCCACUUCAUACCAAUAUCAAAACAAAAAUGUUAUUAUCUCCCUAAACUGCAAGUUGAUUAAAACAAUAAUUGUCUUGCAUGACAUUCAAUCAGCAUUAGCAAUACAGUUGAGUUGAGUUUGUGUGGUAAAAAUUAGAUAGUUAGUUAGUAGUUAGAGAUUUAGUUAAGUAAAAGUAGCAAUAACACAGCAUAAAGACUUGUAG